AUGACGGAGUCUUCAUUGCCUGUUGCGACGAUCCGCCGCUGCCUCUACAGGGAUCUUGACCGGGUCAUUCCCAUCUACAAUCACUACGUCUCCAAUACCAUCGUGUCCUUGGACCUAGACACCAAACCUAUCCUAUACAUGCAAAAGUUGUACAACUCCGUCCUCGAUCAGGAUCUGCCCUUCCUCAUCGUAACCAUCAGCAAUGAUCAUACUCCCGCUCGCAAAGAAGAAGACAUCAUAGGUUAUGCAUACGCAAACUUUUACCGCCGCUUGCCUGCCUUCGGCGGUACCGUCGAAAUUCUCAUCUACCUUGACCCAAAUGCCACGGGCCAAGGGAUUGGGAAGAGACUGCUGGACGUUCUGAUGGUGACGUUGAAGGAGGUCACUCCGGCUACCGACCGGGACCAUGGUAUCAGGGAGGUGUUGGCGAUUGUACCUGUGGAUGAAGGGCGUGAUGCUAGUGGAUUUUUUCGGAAAGGGGGGUUCGAGGACAGGGGAUUGUUGAAAGGAGUUGGGUGGAAGAUGGGGAGGUGGAUUGACACCAGAACUUUUCAACGGUCCCUUGCUGAGGAGCCAAAGGAUGGAGAGAAGGCCGUGCAGAAGAAGAGACAGCCAAAGCGACACUGGUGGAGCUCUGUGUUUCGCCGAAGAUGA